AUGUUUAGUAAAGGAAACAGCCUGAGGAUGAAGAAGUCAGUAUUUAAGGAAGGUGUUAAUAGAUCCACAUUCAGGCCAGUAGCCACCUCCACGCACGACUGGAUCGGCCCACCGAACCCUCUUUCCAACCUGCGGCCAAUCGUUUACCACGUCCCCGCGAACGAAACAGAGCUGGAGAAACGGCUGCGACACCUGAGGCAGGAGACCGAGGACUGGAACCACGACUUCUGGGCCAAGCAGAACAUCACCUUCAGCAAGGAAAAAGAUGCUUUCAUCAUUUCAGAACUGAACGCUAAAGGCUUGAGUCUGCGUGAUGAGCAAGGACGACGGCGGUCCCUGAACAGUGAAGAAAUGGCCGUGUUUUACAAAAGCUUCCUGGACAGAAACAGAAUACGACAUGCAAAUUAUAACAAGUGAGUUGUUUUGCAGCCGGGUAUCUCCCAUGAUGCCACCGGGUGGGUGGGUACAUCUCCCUCCACGGGAGCUGUGGGCUUUAUCCGACACUGUUAUAUACUGUACCUAGAGAACUACAAACAUCGCAGGCUUUGAAGAGCUUUCUGUGAAUUAGCAUUGCAAAGUGGCUGACUUGUGUUUAGUUUAGUGAAUCCUCUAUAAAGAAAGAGACGCCCACAC